UUAGCUGUAUAUGUACAUGAGAGGGUAGCCUUCACGACAUACGAGAAUAUCAACACCAGCCACUCCGGUGAUGGGUUCAAGUUUUUAAGUAACUUUAAUUAGUAGCGAAACGUUUUAUUUUUCGAGGAAGUGCAAAGAUACGAAACAAAAGAUUCAAUUUGUGGUGUUGGAUAUUCCUUCAGAUUUUUUUUUCGCUCUACGACUUCAAUUUUUUUCAGAAAGUUUUUGUGACAAAUUUUUGUCAAAAAAGUUUAACAGUUUAUAGAACUAAAGGAUUAAUUACUCGGCUGGAUUAGUCACUGGAUUAAGUGACAGAUUAUGACGCGGGUGAGACCACCCGAAUCAGAAGUCUCUAUUGAUGAUCUGGCAAAAUGCGAAACCAUAGCAACAGUGGAAACAAAACCGUCAAAGUUGGAUGAUCCAGGGAAAAAGCUGAAGAAGGGCGUGACGGAGACUAACCUGGACACGACAGCAGACGUCGACAAGUCGGCCAAACGACCCAUCAGCCGACAGCUUGACCUUUCCAAGAUGGACGUCAAGAAAAUCAAAGAACUCGGGUUUCCGGUCAGACUUCUCUUUGAGGAAUUUAUAGACAGAUACAAGAUGCUGGUGUUCUCGUCAUCUGCAGAUAUUGAGCCCACGGCCGAGCACUGCAGGUUUAUCGCCAAGAGAGCCGGGCUCCGGGAGUACGAGAUAGGGGAGGACAAGGUCAAGGAACAUGAACUAUAA